AUGGGAAACCCUUUCACUGUUUUGCGCUUCUCUGCUGCCUUCUUCCUCCUUGCCACCUUCACUUAUGCUCCUUCUGUUUCGGCCACAUCAGAAAUUUCAGGGAGUGAAGUGAACACAGAUGGGAAGGUUUUAAAUGAAGAGUUUGCAAAUCCAAGUCUUCAAGGACAUGAUGAAGAGGCAAAGUUCAAAGGAUUGUUUCCAAAACCAAUCCACAUUCUUAAACCUAUUCCUAAACCAAUUCCAUUUGCUAAACCUAUUCCAAAGCCAGUUCCUGUCCUUAAACCUAUUUCUAUUCCAUUUUAUAAGCCUACACCAAAGCCAAUUCCAGAUGUUAAGCCGAUUCCAAAUGAAGAAGUAAAAUUUAAAGGUCUUUUCCCAAAACCUAUUCCUGUUGUUAAGCCUAUACCAAAACUAGUCCCCAUUGUGAAGCCAAUUCCUGUUGUUAAGCCUGUACCAAAGCUAGUUCCCAUUGUUAAGCCAAUUCCUGUUGUUAAGCCUAAGCUAAUUCCCAUUGUUAAGCCAAUUCCUGUUAUUAAACCUGUUCCAAAGCCAUUUCCCAUUGUUAAACCUAUUCCUAUUCUUAAACCUGUUCCAAAGCUAAUUCCCAUCGUUAAGCCAAUUCCUAUUCUUAAACCUGUUCCAAAACCAUUUCCCAUUGUUAAGCCAAUUCCAACUCCAUAA